AUGCGCAAGUCUUCGCGGCUCGUGUUCGUUCUCUCCACCGGUGUGACGGCUGUGAUUGUUUGGUUGUUGUUGUUGUAUCCGGAAUUUCUCGCCACCGAUAAAAGGACCCCCCCCGUGAAAGAACUUGCCGUGUUCCGAAAGGAACGGACGCCCAUCGUCCGGAAGCAGCCGACGAAAGUAAUGUCCCCCGACGAGUACCUGAUGAGGAGAGGCUUUUCCAUUCAAGAGGUAGAGAACAUGUCUCCCCUCGGACGGUGGUUGUUGACGCCGGAAGGAAGCGCACCCCCGCGAUCGAACGCUGCGAAUAGAAGUUAUUUAAUUCUCAUCUGGAAGCACGGGCGAUUCCUAGAACGCAGGCAUAUCAGACGUUUCACGUCGACCAAAUUUUCACCGUGGGAACAAUGCACGGUACAGAAUUGCGCGUUGAGCUACGACGAGAAGGAUCUGCACCUGGCGGAUGCUGCGGUGUUCCACUUGCAUCUCACGAAAAGCCCGUCGGAAUUACCGGCGAGAAACCGAACGGAUCAGCGAUGGAUUUUCUUAACGGACGAGUCUCCCUAUCAUACGUUUUUACACGGCAAUCAAAAGUUGUCGGAUUACGACGGUAUGUUCAAUUGGUCCAUGUCCUAUCGAAUGGACAGCGACGUGCCGGUUCCCUAUGGAAGAACGGUAGAAAUUGCCGCCGGCGACGUGUCGUCAAACGACAUCGAACGAUGGGACGUCACUGUGAAAACUUCCAAGACCAAACUGGUCGCCGUGAUGGGCAGCAACUGCGGCAGUCGCAACGCACGGUGGAUCUACGUGAAGGAGCUUAAGUCGUUGCUUCGCGAUCAAUUGGACAUCCUCGGGAACUGCUUGAACGGCAACCGCACCGUCUGCCCCGGUCAUUUCGCUCGUGACUGCGACGCUCUGGCGAAAUACAAAUUCUACUUGUCGUUCGAGAACUCCAACUGUCGGGAAUACAUGACGGAAAAGGUGUUUUGGAACGCGUACGCGUGA